AUGACCAAUGGCAGCUCCAUCACCCACUUCCUCCUCCUGGCUUUCGCAGACACGUGGGAGCUGCAGCUCUUGCACUUCUGGCUCUUCCUGGGCAUCUACCUGGCUGCACUCCUGGGCAAUGGCCUCAUCAUCACUGCCAUAGCCUGUGACCACCGCCUCCACACCCCCAUGUACUUCUUCCUCCUCAACCUCUCCCUCCUCGACCUGGGCUCCAUCUCCACCACUGUCCCCAAAUCCAUGGCCAAUUCCCUCUGGGACAUCAGGGCCAUUUCCUAUGCAGGGUGUGCUGUACAGCUCUUUUUCUUGAUCUUCUUGAUUGUGGGGGAGUAUUGUCUUCUCACCAUCAUGGCCUAUGACCGUUAUGUUGCCAUCUGCAAACCUCUGCAUUAUGAACUGAUGAUGGGCAGCAGAGCUUGUGUCCAUAUGGCAGCAGCUGCCUGGGGCAGUGCUGUUCUCUACGCUCUCUUGCACACUGCCAAUACAUUUUCUAUUCCUCUCUGCCAAGGCAAUGUCAUAAAUCAGUUCUUCUGUGAAAUCCCCCAGAUUUUCAAUCUCUCCUGCUCACACUCCUACCUCAGGGAAGUUGUGGUCCUUGGGGGUCAGCUUUCUAUAGCUUUUGGCUGUUUUGUUUUCAUUGUGAUGUCCUAUGUGCAGAUCUUCAGGGCCGUGCUGAGGAUCCCCUCUGAGCAGGGACCCAAAGCCUUUUCCACAUGCCUCCCUCACCUGGCCGUGGUCUCCCUGUUUAUCAGCACUGUGAUGGUUUCCUACCUGAAGCCCCCAUCCAUCUCAUCCCCAUCCUUGGAUGUGGUGGUAGCUGUCCUGUACUCAGUGGUUCCUCCAGCAGUGAACCCCCUCAUCUACAGCAUGAGGAACCAGGAGCUGAAAGACGCCCUGAAGAAGCUCAUUCUAUCAGUAGUAUUUCAACAACAAUGA